AUUCAAAAAAGGAAGAAAGCCGGCGAGCCUAUUCAGCGGCCGAGGUGGCGGCGACGUCGCUAAGAGCCAUUCAUGGAAGACGGAGGGAGGCUGCAGCCAUCAAGAUUCAGGCUGCUUUCAGAGGCUAUCUGGCGAGGAAAGGAACGGGAAGAAUGGUGCGGCUGAAGUUGAUGGCGAACAGAAGGGCGGCAAAGUGCCAGACAAUGAACACAUUGCACAGCAUGCAAACCCUAGCAAGGGUUCAGGCACAUAUCAGAGAAAGAAAAAUGAGACUGUCAGAAGAGAACCAGGCUCUACAUAAGCAGAAGCAGCUCAGACGUGAGAAAGAGUUAGAGAAAUUAAAGUUGGCAGAGGAUUGGGUUGAUAGUCCGCACUCAAAGGAACAAUUUGAAGCUAAACUACAGAAGAAAGAAGAGGCUGCUAUAAGAAGAGAAAGAACACUAGCCUACGCCUACUCGCAUCAGUGGAGGAGCAAUUCUUCCAGGUCUAAGAAACCAGCUUUCAUAGAUCCCAAGCAACAGUGGUGCUGGAGCUGGCCUGAGCGCUGGAUGUCCACCAGGCCAUGGGAGCUCAGCCAAACCUUCUUCAUCUCCGGCAAAGAUUAUCGCCCCAGAGGCUUAAAUUACAAAGCAACUUCAUCUCGAGUAUUCAGCCGACAUGCGCCUUCCACGCCCUCCUCAGUUGCGUCAAAUGAUGAUAUGCGACGCUUGUUGGGCUUUCAGACGGAACAACAUAGGAGAAGGCACAGCAUUGGGAGCUCGCUUUGUUUUGGAGAUGUUGAGAGGAAGAUGACUAAGUCGCGGUUCCAGGUGCCGCAGAAUGGCAAACCUAAGGCGAAGAAGCCAUUGAUGUUAGCUUCAGGUGGAAGGAGGCUCUCAGGCCCGCCAAAGAUGGCUGGCUAUGGGAAAGGAUGGUUGUGAAGUUUGGGGAACUGUUGGGGUUUUUGGAAUUCAGAAACAAGUGUUGAGCAUGAGAUAAAAAAAAUUAUUCAAGAUAUCUUAAUAUAAUG